AUGGGUCUUAAAAAGUGCAUCGUUUCCUUUGCCUUUUUUAACCUCAUUUCGUAUGUAAAGAAAGAGGGCAACGACUCAUGCCUGUGCAAUCCAAUUCCAUUCCCUAUGGCGGAACCCGAACCCGAGUACAUGGAGGAGGUCUCGUAUUCACCACUACCAGAACCACAAGCACAACCAGUUCCCGAUGACGGAAAUGUAAACAACGGUAACAAUAAUUUUUAUAAGAAUGGAAAUUUCAAUGGAGGAAAUGAUGAUGGUGACGACGAUGAUGACGAUGAUGAAAUAAUUGAUAACUCCAAUGAUGACGAGGAUUCCGACGACAAUGAUGAUGACGAUGAUGACGAAAUUAACCAAAAUAACUUAAAUAAUUCCGAAAAUAAAAGAAAAAGAAAUAAUUCGUAG